AUGGUUAAUCCACUAGUUGCUUACUCUGAUGACGAAAGCUCGUCUGAUAGUGCAUUUUCUCAGGGGGAAGAGAACCCAGUUGUUGAUGUUGUGCCUAAUCUUGGGGAAGAAAGCCAACUCCCAACUAAACCAUCUACACCCAAAUCAGAUCCAUCUACAUCUCCAUCACCAAAAGCUCCAUCUCCACCACCACCAGUUAAAGAAGCAUCUCCACCUGUAGGUGCCGACUCUUCACCACCACCCAUCAUAGAAUCUCCACCACCACCAGUUAAAGAAGCAUCUCCACCUGUAGGUGCCGACUCUUCACCACCACCCAUCAUAGAAUCUCCACCACCACCAGUCCAAGAAACCCCAUUAUCCCCAGUCCAAGAAACCCCAUUAUCACCGGUCCAAGAAACCCCUCUAUCCCCAGUCCACGAAACCCCAUUAUCAUCAAACCCAGAAACUCCCACAACCACUGUCCCAAAUAACCCCCCUUCUUCCCCAUCUCACAAAACCACUACACAAAAUCCACCACCAUCUCCACUCAAUGAUGAUAUUCUUUUGAGUACCCUUCACCCUAAAAAACCAAGGCGGCCAAGAAAGCACAUUGCAGUUAAACAGGUUCGUCCACACAGGCCAGUAACAAGGAGUGCGAACGUGGUCAAACCAACUGAUGAUGCAACUUCUGGUGUGAAGCGUCGACGAUUGGGUAAGUCUCCUGUUCAUUCAUCCGUUUCUCCAAUGAAUCUUGAUUCUGAAACUGAUGAUGUGUCUGAGGGUAAACAUUCUGCAACUCCUCAAUCAAAAUCAAAAUCUGCAAAGAGAAAUGCAGAUAAAUUUCUCAAAGUGGGAAGGAAAAAGUACUUCCAAACCAAAUCAGUGCUUAGGGGUAGAACCUUUCACCCUGAUAUACUUUCAAUGGAUAUAGUGAAGCAGGUUUGUGAACUACUAAGGUUUCAGGGGUGGGAGGAGUUAUUCCUUGAACCUAGUUUGAUUUAUGAAAAGGAAGUGGUAGAGUUCUAUACGAACUUGGUAAUCUUAGAAGGAGAUGUGGUGUCGUCUAGUGUAAAGGGGGUUGACAUUGUGUUUGAUGCAACCAAACUUGGGGAAAUCUUGCAUAUACCAUCUGUGGGGAUAAAUGAGUACAAUUGGGGUUUUGAUGAAUAUUCUAGCCUGCCAGCCAAAUUCUCUCAAGGACGAGUCAAUUCUAGGGCACAAACUGUUUUAAAGGGAAUUAUGAGGUCUUUGCAUAAGCUUCUUUUCGAGAUAGUUCAUAAGGUGAUACUGCCUAGAGGUCACCAACGUCACAUUGCCUCCAUAAGAGACAUGAGACUUCUGAAUGCACUUGAGUGCAAAGAACGCAUUGAUUGGCCCACACUGAUUAUCAAACAUCUUGCUAGAAUUGUGGAUCCUAAGCUAGGUUCUCAUCAGUUGGCUUUUGGAAACCUGUUGACUAGAGUGUUUGAUGCAUUUGAAGUACCAUUGGGAGAAGGCAGGAUUUUAACUCAUGCAGAUAUUUUCACUCAAACCAUCCUUGCUGAUUGUGGCAUUCCCAUGGAGUCGGAGCAGGUUGCAACUGCAUCUCCACGUACAUAUGGUCCUGUUGCUCAGUUACUUAGGGAACUUAAAGUAGCUGAAGAAAAGAACGCCACUCUUGAGUCAGAAAACCAGAAGUUACGUGUUGAGCUUGACACUUCAAAUGCUGAAAUACACAGGUUGAAGGAUCAGUUGGUGCAGCAGCAACUUGCUAACAAUGCAAGAGUUGACAGAGUUCUUGAUAUGCUGGCUUCUGCUUCAACCAGGCCUGGUCAACCUUCACAUUAA